UGCUUUAGUUAUUCUACAUUUUUAAUUAUAUUUUUAGAUUUUUUAUUAUAUCACAUAUAAGGUAACACUUUACCUCUUUAAGGUGUUAAAAAGCAAAGUUGUCACUUUGAGGACUAAGGUGCACCUGACCCAAGCCAUGGUAUUUUCAGUGGCCUCAUAUGUAUGCGAAAGCUAGACAGUGAAUAAGGAGGACCAGAGAAGAAAUGAUGCAUUUAAAUUAUGGUGUUGGCAAAGAAUAUUGAUAUACCAUGGACUUCCAGAAGAAUGAACAGAUCUGUCUUGGAUGAAGGACAGCCAGAUUGAUCCUUAGAAGCAAGGCUAGUGGGACUUUGUCUCACAUACUUUGGAGAUGUUAUCAGGAGGGACGAGUACCUGGAGAAGGACAUCAUGCUUGAUAAAAUAGAGGGCCAAAGAAAAAGAAGAAGACCCUCAACAAGAUGGAUUGACACAGUGGCUACAACAGUGGGCUCAAACAUAGCAACGAUUGUGAGAAGGGCACAGAAAUUUGUUUUGUAGUACAUGGGAUCACUGUGAGUUGGAACUGACUCGAUAGCACCUGACAUCAACAACAACAAGAUCGUGGUCUGAUAGUACAUUUUUAUGAAUAAGACACUUUUAUGUGAACUUCAUUUAUAAAGAUUGGCUAAGAGUUUGCUUGUUUCAUUCAGUGAAGUAACUGUAUUGAUAACCUUAAAUUUUACCUGUUAAAGCCCUGAAAUCUGCCACUCCUAUAGUCUUUCACUUAGUAAGUUGCAUCACCUUUAAUCAGCUGAUCAAGCCAAAAUCUUGGGACUCACCCUUAUGUCCACCCUUUUCUUCAAACCUCACAUCACUCCAUCACUUGUUGUCACCAUCUCUAUUGUAUUCAUCUAUGUAAAACCACCAGAAGUUGUGGCCUGGACUACCUUAGCCAGCCUCUCUGCUUGCUUCCUUGUUCUUCCUGUAUUUUAUUUUCUUUACACUAACCAGAGUGAUCGCUUGGUGUAAACGAGAUCAUAUACUUCUCUUGGUUAUGAGCUCCCAGUAACACCCCUAUGUAAGUGGAAUAAAAUUCAAUUUUUUUUUUUAAGGUAGCCUAAUAGUUUUUUAAUAGAUGCUACAUUAUCUUUUUCCUUUCCACUUUCCCCAUCAUCUCCUACCACUCCUGCCCAUCCACCGCACUAGCAGUUUUGGUCUUUUUAUUGCAAUUUAAACAUGGCAAAGGUUUUAUUUAUGGCACAAAUGAUGUGUGCUUAAUUACUAACCUAAAGGAUGGCCGUUUGAACCUACCCAAUGGUGCCUUGGAAGAAAGGCCUGGCAAUCUGUAUCCGUAAAGAUUACAGCCAAGAAUACCCUAUGGAUUAGUUCUCUUCUGUUCGACGGCACUGGGUUGGGUACUGAGUUGUAACACGGGAAACCCUGGUGCUGUAGUGGUUAAGAGCUACAGCUGCAAACCUAAAGGUUGGCAGUUUGAAUCCACCAGGUGCUCCUUGGAAACUCUAUGGGGCAGUUCUACUCUGGCCUGUAGGAUUGCUGUGAGUUGGAAUUGACUUGACGGCAGUGGGUUUAUUUAUUUAUUUUUUUGGUUGUAACAUGUGGGAUCACCAUAAGUUGGAAUCAACUUGAUGGCCACGAGUGUUUUGAGCAUGUUAGACAUCUCAUCUCAGGGCCCUUCUGAUUUCUAUCCCCGGAAUAUCCUUUCCCCAGUUCUUCACAUAACUGACUGGCUUCUUUCAUCGUUUUAGUGCAUGUGUCACUCCUCUGAGUAAUCUUCUCUGACUAGCUGUAAUGGGCUCUCUUAUUAUUCCUCCACCGCUGCUAUCAUUAUUUAUCCUAUUUCCCUUUUUUAUUUAUUAUGUAGAAUUUAUUUCUAGUAUCUUCACUAGUACUAUAACUUGUACUACUAUUACCGUGACUAUUACUACUACUAGUUUGCUGGCUUAUGUUUACUACAUGGUAGGUUUGUUCUAAGCAUUUCUGUGCAUUAAAUACUUUAAUAUGUGAAAUUAUAUAUAUUAACUAAUUUAAAUAUGAUGUUUGUAUAUGUAUGUUUUUAUUACCUGUUUCUUCUGUCUGUAAUUCCUGCUUGCCCCUGUAAGCUCCAAAAGUCAGACACUUUUAGUUUUUUUACUACAAUUUCCUCAGUGUCAUGGAGAGUGGUGCUUGGCAUAUGGAGGAAGCUCAGUGAAUACAUUUUUAAAUAUUGGGCAAGCUCUCAGAAUGCAUAAUAACAAAUAAAAUCAUCAAAUAUUUAUAUAAAAUAACCUUCUAGGUUUUAGGGAACAUUUUCAAAGGAAAAAAUGCCUGAAUGAUUGUUCUUAGAGUUCUUUUGAAUAUGAAGUAAUAAGAUAUAUAAGUUAUAUAGGCUUUUUGAAAAUCUUUGACAAUCUUUUUUACCAGAUAGUAUUAAAUGUUAAGUCAUUAUUGGCAUGCCAAAGCUGCUUUUGACGUGGCCAAAGAACAAUCUUAAAAUCAGAAAUCAAAAGGCAGCAGUAAAUGGUAGGAAUUUAUUUGAUUAGAAAAGUGUAAAGAUUAAGGUGUCUCAGCAAUUAAUCACAGCUUUUUUUUAUUAUGUUUCUUUUUCUCUUUAUUGUGUUUAUCAUCUUUAUGAGUGACCUGAGAUAGUGACUGCCUACUAAAGUUUCCAUGAAUCCAGAUGACACCAAAUUCUAAUAGUUGUGAAGAGCAAAACCAGUAGGUACAUAUGAUCAUAGGUGAAGCUCGAAAAUGAGCUUUUGUCUUGGGUAGAGCAAGAAGCAAGGAAUCCAGCUUCUGUAGAUCUUAUAUUCCUCAACUCUAACCUUUAAUUUUGAUUUAAGUCCAAGAUCUCUUCCAAAUUUAAAGUUUUGUGAUUUUAUGAGCUUGGGUGAGUGCCUGCCACUUUGUAAACGCUCAAUGGAUAUUGAAAGAAUAUAUGAAUAAAACCAAACAGGAAAUAAGAGAUAAAUUUUAAGAUAGGAAAAUUUAGGUAAAUACGUUUACAUGUGAAAAUCCAAGUUAUUUGUUUAAAAUGAGCUAGGGGGAAAAACGAACCCAAGGAAAGAAUACUGAGAAUCAAUAUGCAUUGUUUUCUGAGUUUAUCAACCUAUGGUGAGAAAAAAAAUGUUAACGCAUCCCUUGGACCUCUUUUGGGCAAUAGAAUACUUUUAGUGAGUUGGAGCUGGACCUAAUCCAAGAAGUGGAGCAUAGUAGUUAACUGCAUAGAUUCUGCAGCAAAAUUGCUUAGGUUUAAAACCUGGCUAGGCCACUUACUGGCUGUGUAACCUUGAGCAAGUUAGUUAACCUUUCUAUGCCUCAGUUUCUUAUCUGUUAACUAAUGGUUAUAGUAGAUAACCUAUCUAAUAGGGUUGUUGUGGGCAGUAAAUAAUCCAUCUAAAAUGCUUAGGACAAUCCCUGGCACAUAAGAAACUCCCACCCAUGUUGUCUGUUAUUAUUUAUUAACAGUAAACUUCUGUUAUUCUCAGGAACAUAAAAUGAGGCUUUUCCUAAUGAACUUGAUAUAAAGAUAAAUGGUUGCUAUUGAUAGCAAAAUCAAAAGGUGGAUAUACAAAAAAGGAAAAUGGAGGACAUUAUAGAAGGAGCCAGGUCUUAAAAAAAAUAUUUAACUGGAAAGGUAGCCAAAGGGUUUAAAGUGGGAGAUGCUUGUGUCAGAAUUGUGAGCCAGGAAAGUCUUACUACUAAGACUUUUGUAUAGUUGCUGAAUGAAUAAUUUCUUUUAUAAGGAUCAGCAUAAAGCUGGUUCCUAACAGGAAUGUGCUAAAGAUGUCCCAAAUGCCUAACUUUGCCAAAUUGCUGUACAACUCCAUCAUCUCUAACAUCAACAUACUCCUCCUCCCCUCAGUACUCUCCCUUCCAUCUUUGGGUUCCAUAAAUCACUGCAACAUCUCAUAGAGCUCAUGACCCACAUAAAGGAAAUGGCUCAUGCAGUUGUAAAAGCUGGCAAGUCCCAAAUCCGUGGGCCAGGCUCAGGGUUCUUCUGACUCAUGGGCCUGCAGGGGCCAAUGAACCCAAAUCAGCAGGCCAGAAGUCAGGCUGCUGGCUCACAAGGCUGUGGAAGCUGGCGAAUCAGAUUAGAUGAUAGGCUGCUGGCCUACAGGGCUGCAAAAGCUGGUGAAUCCCACAAUUGGCAGGUCAGACAGUAGGAUGCUGGUUCAAGCUCUAAGAACUGGGGGUAGACAAUGAUGAACUGAAUGUGAGACAUAGAGAGAGUGAGAGGACCCUUCCAGAGCACUUGCAUAUAUAUAUUGGAUGCAGGAUAUACCCCAGAAAGGGAGUGACUUGAGUAAGGUUGGGACUUGACUGUGACACAAGAUAUACCCCACGGUAAUCCUGCUUCAUUAACAUAUAAAUGUUAGGAUUUAUGACACAUAAAAUAGGAGAAAAAUUAGGAUGAUUACAUCAGAUCACAAAAUGGAGGACAGCCACAUAGUACUGGGAAUCAUGGCCUAGCCAAGUCGACACAUAACACCAGCCACCACACCUCAUUACUGUUCCAUAAACCUUAUUUGCAUGGUCUCAUCCAGUCAUUGUGUGGGAGUCACAAAAACCAUAGCUAGAAGGGCCUUAUUAAAUAAUUCACUGCACCACUGCAGUUGCUCUCUAUUCCUUUUUUUUUUUUCUUUUAACUUGUUUUCAUAAAGUUCUUUGAGCUUUGGUUCAUUUUAGAAAAUGUUCUGCAUAGUGCCUGAAUGAUGCCUGGCAACUAGGAGUUGCAUACUGCUUUCUUCUUUAAAAAUGAAUGAAUAAGACAGAGAUUUAAAUAGCAGUUAACAAGUUAUUAUAGAGCAGAUUACCAAAACAGAAGUCCGAUUUUCAGAUUAAACAUUUAGGAUUUUGAGUAUCCCAAACACCCUACUGCUUCUUUAGCCUGCCGCCUUACUCUCAUUGUGUGUCCCUGUUGCUGCUGCCUUCAGGUAAUUUUUAAGCCCAAUAAUCUUGCUGCAAGGGGAUUUCUUAUUUUUACUGAGAUCUUAAAGAUCAUUUGUAUGUAACUUAGGUUUUUAUUUUUUCUCUUUUAAGCAGGAGAAUUAUAAAGCUUUGGAGAGUUAUACCUCAGUACAAAAUAAUAAAAAUAAGAAAGCAUUGAAUUAAGAAAAGUUUAACAUAGCUGUCUGCAAGGUUUUAUUUCAAGAAGUGCUUGGAAGUUUGGUCUCUUCUCAGAGAUCUUAAGAUCCAAGUGCCUAAAAUAGACUUUUACAUGUUAUAUAGGAACAAUAUUAGCUAUUUUAUUUAAAAUAUCGACUAGAAAAGAGAUUUGUUUCCUAAAUAAUGUAUUUUCACUUAAUGCAUGAGGAUUUUCUCUUUUUUGCUCAGUAAACCAAGAGUGUUUGUUGGAUGUACCCGUUCCUUUAAUUCAAAACUGAGCGGUACACUUCCGUGCCAACAGGGGGAGAUAGUACCAAAUAGGAGGUCCAGAUCUGUGCCUCUUCUAUCUUGCUUUUACCUCAGGCAGGAAAGUCUGUGGUGAUGCCUUCUGUGGGUCCACCAUCUCUUAUCUAAGAUUCGAGAUGGAGCACAAAAAUAAAUGUGUCCAUUGUGGCAGUAAGCUGGAGCCUAGUUCUGACUCCCAGCACUGUAAAAAUUGUUCUUUGAAGCUUGGCAGUGAGGCUGCAGGUCCCUCUACAUCAGAAGUAAGAAGAGAUCAGGAAAGAAAGGAGAAGCUAUCCAAAUUUGAGUCUCUUCGUCAUUCAAUUGCUGGAAUAAUUAGAUCUCCAAAAUCUGCAUUGGGCACUUCAACAUUCUCUGAUGUGAUUUCCAUAAGUGAGAAGCCCUUGGCAGAACAGGACUGGUACCAUGGUGCAAUCCCCAGGAUAGAAGCCCAAGAUCUGUUAAAACAACAAGGAGACUUUUUGGUGCGAGAGAGUCAUGGGAAACCUGGUGAAUAUGUCCUUUCUGUAUAUUCUGAUGGACAAAGGAGACACUUUAUCAUACAGUUUGCUGAUAAUCUGUAUAGAUUCGAAGGCACUGGGUUUACGAACAUCCCUCAACUUAUAGAUCAUCACUACACAACAAAACAGGUCAUCACUAAGAAGUCAGGUGUAGUUCUGUUAAAUCCUAUUGCUAAGGAUAAGAAAUGGAUUCUUAAUCAUGAAGAUGUCUCAUUGGGAGAGUUACUGGGCAAGGGAAAUUUUGGUGAAGUAUAUAAGGGCGUAUUAAAGGAUAAAACUGCUGUUGCUGUUAAAACAUGUAAAGAAGAUCUUCCUCAGGAAUUGAAAAUAAAAUUUUUACAAGAAGCCAAAAUUCUCAAGCAAUAUGAUCAUCCCAAUAUUGUUAAACUUAUAGGAGUUUGCACACAAAGGCAGCCUAUCUACAUCAUUAUGGAACUGAUUCCAGGAGGUGAUUUCCUCUCUUACCUGAGAAAGAAGAAGGAUGAACUAAAACUCAAACAGUUGGUGAAAUUUUCAUUAGAUGCUGCUGCUGGAAUGGCAUAUCUUGAGAGUAAAAACUGUAUACACAGGGACCUUGCUGCAAGAAACUGCCUGGUAGGUGAAAAUAAUCUUCUGAAAAUCAGUGACUUUGGAAUGUCUCGUCAAGAGGAUGGUGGAGUGUAUUCAUCUUCUGGCUUAAAGCAGAUUCCCAUUAAAUGGACAGCACCGGAAGCUCUUAAUUACGGGAGAUACAGCUCUGAGAGUGAUGCGUGGAGCUUUGGCAUUCUCCUCUGGGAGACCUUCAGCUUAGGGGUCUGUCCAUACCCUGGAAUGACAAAUCAGCAAGCGCGAGAGCAGGUGGAAAGAGGAUACCGGAUGUCAGCCCCUCAGCACUGUCCAGAGGAUAUUUUUAAAAUAAUGCUAAAGUGUUGGGAUUAUAAACCUGAAAACCGCCCCAAGUUCACUGAUCUUCAGAAAGAGCUCACUGCCAUCAAGAAGAAAAUCUCGUAGUGAUGAAAAAGUGCCAACCUCAGCGUCCAGCACUCUGUCUCCCAGCAGGGUAAUAUUGUUCUCAUCAACAAUGAGUUCAUACCACAUUACCUGCAACAGUCUUCUAAGGUUAUUUUUUUAUUAACUGUUUGGAUUUUUUUGUAAUAUGUUCCACUUUUAAAGAGAGGCAAAGGUAAAUGGGUUAAAAAAAAAGAAAAAACAGUUCUACCAAGCAAGGGCUUUGUUAGCUAACCACAGCAAUCCUGCCAUUUCAGACCAUUGUAAAUAGAAAAGCACAGACUUUAGAUGUAAGGGACAACAGAUCCGUCUUUUUCACACCCAGGACUAUUGAUGUUUCUCAAAGGUUUUCUAUGUCAGGCACAGUUCACAGGCUGCCAUCCUACGCCACAGACACCUACUCUCUUGGUGCUAUAAGCUACGUUGGUACUGCCACACUUGCAGGGCACAUUCCAGCCAAAGUUGGCUUUCUUCUCUGCUGAGUCAAGAUAAUAUUUGUACACAUCUUUUUAUAUUGGGAAUUAUUUGGACUACUUAGAGUUUUUCUUUUUUUCUUUUUUGCCAAAAAUAAGCCUAGUGUAAGCAUCAUCAUACUCUGGCUUUAUUAGUAAGGUGGCCAUUUCCCUCCUCCUUUGUCCAGGCAACUGCUCCUAAAGGACGCUGUAGAGAGCUUUGACAGCAAGAAGCAGGUUUGAACAGGAAGGUGUUCUGGAGAAAAGAGCAGCUAGAAUGGUGAUCAAAAGUAGAGAAGAAAAGGAAAAUAUAAAAUCACCCUUCUUAUCAGAAUAUGCCUUUAUAAACACACACACACACUUAUCCUUUUUUUAUAUUCUGAAUUCACCAAAAAAGUCCUAAGAAAUUUUCAGGAAUUCAUAGAUAGAAACUUCUUAAAGGCAACAAAAUGUUCUUUUCAGAGAAACUACAAAGCAGAAGCCCAUAGAACUUAACAGUUCCUUCUAGUUAAGUGUCUUCACCUCAAAGGAGGCAUCCCAAAAUUUAGUUCCCUUCAUUUGUAUCAGUUUCUCGAGCUGUUGGGAUUUCGUGAUCUUAGUUCACAAACACACUCGUGUGUACACACACACAACCAAGGAGCAUGUCAGGCAUGCAUUAAGUAGAUGGUUAAGACAACAAGUGAACAUUAAUGAGGCAAAAAGCAAUUACGAGGAGAAAGACAUAGGGAUAGCCAUCCUAUUUCCACCCUACCCUGUCAUUUACCCUUAUAUCACUACCUGGAAAUUCUCAUCAUAAGCUGAUGGGUAUGUGACCACAGUACCAGAAAUGUUCAGUGUGGAUGACAUGUAACACAGAGUUAAAACUAGGAUUCUGUUGAGCUGAACCUUAGCUCCAUCCAGGGAACUCGCCCCACGUUUUGUAUAUAGUUGCUUCUCGGGAUAAAUGUGUGUGUAGGAGAGGGUCACGCUCAGGGGUAAACGUGGCCUGGGAGUCUUAUAAGUGCUCAGGCAUUUGUCCAGAUAAACAGCGCCUUAGUGAAGAUUUGGUCUACAUUCUUUAGAAGAGCUUAAGAGAGAGAAAGUUCCUCCUGCCCUCUCCAGCUGUUUGCUGCCUCUGAAUAUCAGGGCGCCGAACUCACACCCAGUAGUUUAAAGAGUAAAAAGGAUGAUACUGAACAGAAAAAUGGCUUGUGUUUAUCGUUUCAAUCUCCAUGCAAGUUUUGUGUACAUUUAAUGAUCCAGACUAGGAGCUCUAGUAGUGCAGUGGUAAAGCACUUGGCUGCUAACCAAAGGGUCAGCAGUUCCAACCCACCAGCUGCUCUGCCAGGUCAAAGAUGUGGCAGUCUGCUUCCAUAAAGAUUUACAGCCAUGGAAACCCUAUGGGGCAGUUCUACUCUGUUCUGUACGGUCACUAUGAAUCAGAAUCGACCUGACGGCAACGGGUUUUGUUUUAUUUUUAUAUUCAGACUAAAAUGAAAGAAUAAUAAACUUGCCCUCAAAAAUAUUCUGUAACAUACAAAGCAACUUCUUUUCAUCAGUAUGGUUUUCCCUUCUAUCAAAUGUUAAAAAUAAAUGAAAAUUUCUUUUGAUGACACAUACUAUGGUAAAUCAAAGCUUAGACUCCGGAGUCAAGUGCUGUAGUCUUCAGGCAUCUGUCAGCCUUCAAAAGUAAAACUAAGAUAGGAGGGAACGUUUCCACCCUUUGUCAGUAUUUCCAAGUGAGUCUUUCUGUUUGUAAGAUUCUUUGUCUGUUUAAAGAAAACAACCUUCCAUCACUUAGCGACCUCAGUGCUGAGCUCUCAGAAAGAAGAGAGAAUGAUGGUUUGGGCUUUAAUUUUGUGAACAAGACCCAAAGCUUAAUCCUUGCAUUCUAGUGUGAAAGAUGAACAUGGCAUUGAUAUUUCGCUCAUCCAGGCUGUUAGAAUUUACAAUUCACAUCAAAACGCUGUGCUUAAAUUAAAAAAGCUUUUGAAAACAUUGUGACAUCUGCAGCAUUUAAAUUCUGUUUUAUUCUUUGUCCCAAAGCACACAGUGGUACAGUUCCAGAUUAAUAACUCGUUGGGCAUCUUUCAGGGUCAUGUCAGUUAUAUAGACCAUUAAAUUUAAUAUAGGCACAUACGUUAAGAAAAAAUUAUGCAAACUAAUUUUUUUACUGUUAAUUCUGUUGUGCUUGAAGCAUAAUUUAUUCAUCCCUUCUGUCACUGAUAAUUAUUGGGAUUAUAUACUUUAGGAGGCUGAUCCAUACCCAGAAAGCACAAGUAUAAAUACUGUUCCAAAUUUGCAAGUUGAUUUAGGGAAAGGAGGCUUCCAAAAUGCAGAAAAUACUGUGACUUGUUUAGUAGGAAAACAGUUGUAACCAAAAUUGCCACUGGUCUGGAUGUAAUUAAGUCAGGUCACAAAUCUUUGUUAUUAAUGGAUUGUUCAAGAGUUGCAUAUGUCACUUCUGUAUAAUUCCUCUUAUAAUUUCUUAAAUUGAUGAGUACUGGUGGUACAGGACAGGCAGUCUGAGUCUGACCCGCAUUUAUCUGCCUUCAAUCACUAAGAAGCCUUUGGGAGACAUAUGUAGGUAGUUCAUCAUUUUUCAAGGAAGGAAAUCUUUUAAUGUCAAAUUAACAUUUAUUACCAGCAUAUGAAGCCUAAUGAAUUUUGUAUUCUGUGUUAUCUAAGGUUAUUUCCCAAAGCCAACAUAUUCUUUCUCUUCCAAGGCAAUAAUAAAGGAUUAACAGGUUUUGUUCAAACUUUUAAAAAGAGGCUUUAUUUAAGUCAUCCUGCUACUAGGUCCCCUGUGAAAGGACUUCUAUAAUCGUUUCUCUUUUACGUCCCAAAUUUAAUAGGAACAAUAAAGUUUCCCACCCACAAUUCAUAUUUUACCACAGUAUUAUUGAAUCAUCUUACAAGUCGAAGAAUGUAGACCAUGAGCUGACUUGUGUUAGGUAUUAUAUAAGUGCACAUUUCACAACUGUUUUUCAUUUAUAGAGUUAUUUUAUUUCAGUUUGAAAAGUGAAUGUUUAGUCAUCAAAAUCAUUUUAAUUUCCUUUAAGCCAUGACAUAUUCAUGUUUCAGUUUUGCCGUAGGGUUUUAUGUUUGGCCAAAACCACUAAAAUAACUAUUAUUUCCCAAUGCUGUUAUUAGACUGUUUCAAGAAGAAAGCAUUUUAGUCAUAACGUAUGCUUCACACUGAGGACCUUGUAGUGGGAUUAAACACAACAAUUUGAAUGCAUGUCAAGAUCAUAUGUCACUGCCACUCAGAGUUAUCUCACUCAGACCACUUUACAAUUAAUUCUUGUGAGUCAUCAGAUGUGCUAAGAGUGUACCUCAAACCUUACUAAGUAUAACUCUGUGCACACUAUUCUGCGGCCACAUGUCCUUUGAAGUGGGAUUAAUUGCUAGUGUUUUCUGAAAAGACGUUUACCUCAGCCCUCUUUUUUUAUACACAUACUCCCUUUAUCACACCACUGAGAUUUUAGAUGUUUCUUAUCAACAGAAUUGAUUGUCCGUAAGCAGUGUUCUGAGUCAGAAAAAGACUGACUUUUGCAUUUAGGAGAGCAGAGGCCUUAUGCAAAACAGAACUUAAUGCAAAAUAAAAGGAGCAACAAAGGCACAGACAACUGAAAAAAACAUGUCUUCUUGAUAUAUUGAUUUCUUAACUAAAUGGAAUAAAAAAAUCUUAUAUACAAAUGAGUUUAUAUUACAUUUACAAUAUACUAUUGAGUUAGUAUGAAGUUUACCAUUACAAUAAAGGUGGUAUCUCUUUUAUUAUUAACACUGAUUUGAUUAUACAUACCGUAAUUGUUUUAUUAAACAUUUAAUUUUA